AUGGAUAGACAAUGGCAUAUACGACAACAACUUGAACUUUUGUCUUCACCAACAUCGAUUCAAUAUCAUAGAAUUGAAACAUAUUCAUCCAUUGUUGAAGGCAUUCGACGUGUAAGACGGAUUUUAGCUGGUGAUUAUCAAGAAGAAAGCGAAAAAUUAAUUCGAGCAUGUUGUCAAAAUGAUAUUGAUACAGUCAAAUGGUUAUUUGAAAAUAUUGAUAUUAAUUCAAUUAAUUUAAAAAAAGGAAUUAAUCGAUCAGCAUUACAUGAAGCUGUUUUACAUCGUGAUGGUCGAUCACUUGUACGUCUUUUAUGUCAAUAUGGAGCUGAUCCUAAACAACGUGAUUCAUUAGGUCGUACUCCAAUUCAUUAUGCAGCUAGUUGUGGUCAUAUAGAUAUAAUGAUUGAUCUUAUUAAUUUUUCACAAGUUUCAAUAUCAAAAUUAAUUGAUAUAGAAGGUCGUUGUCCAUUAAUGUAUGCUUGUGGUGAAGGUCAUUUAUUAAUAUGUCAAUGGUUAGUUAAACAUAGUGAUGUUGAUUAUUAUCGACAAGAUGAUCGUGGUCGUUCAUGUCUUAUUUAUGCAUGUCGAUCUGGUCAUGUUGAUAUUGUUCAAUGGUUACUUUCAAUAUUAUCUCCAGUAUCAACACAUACAGGUUGGCAUCCACUUCAUUUUGCUUGUUCAAUUGGACAUUUAAAUAUAGUUAAAAUUCUUUUACAAUAUGAUUCAUAUAUUGGUAAUGUUUUAACAAAUACUGGUCAUUCAGCAUUAUUUAUGGCUAUGCAUUCAACUAAAAAUAGUAUUGAAAUAGUUAAAUGUUUAUUAGAUUCACAUUCAUCAGUUCAAUUAACAUCACAAGAUAUUCAAGAUAUAAAUUGUGAUAAAUCAUUAAUUAUUUUACUUGCUCAACGUCGACAUUCACUUAUUUAUUUAUUACAACUUAUUGAAAAAAUGAAUUAUUCAUUACCACUUAUUCAUCUUCUUCUACUUAAAAAUCAAUUGAUACAAGUAAUAAAAUCGAUCUAUUAG